AUGUGCUCCGGUCUAGUCAUUCUCACCAAUGAUGGCGAGUUCGCCCACAACAUGGCCCAUCCUCGCAGCAAAGUUCUCAGUGUAUUCCUCGUCCGAGUCAAAGGUAGAUUGCCAGAGGACCGCUUCAAGAGCUGGAGACGCAGAGAAGGUGUGAAAGUAGGCAAUGUCGCUUACGGACAGGUGUUCGUUGGAAUAGACAAGCGACCCAGCGAGGACGUCACCUGGUUACGAGUUCGGCUGGUCAUGACCAAUGAGAAGAACUUAGUGAAGUUGUUCAGGGACACUUACAAGCUCCGGGCAA